AUGACAGACGCAACGCCAAAGACAGUCGUAGGAACCGUGGGAUCGGUUUCCGAGUUCGUACCAGGUUCGGCAGAUUCGUGGGAAGUAUACCGUGAACAACUAGGAUUUUAUUUUGAGGCGAACGACAUUACUUCAGAAAACAAGAAAAAAGCAGUUUUUUAUUCAGCAUGCGGCAAGGUAACGUACGCCACACUGCGGUCACUGGCUACCCCUAGAAAACCGAGCGAAUUGACGUUCAACGAGGCCGUCACACUGUUGUCCGAACAUUUUAAUCCACGGCCCAGUAAGUUUGUUCAAAGAUUCAAAUUUAAUCGCCGUGAUCAGCUACCAAAUGAGACGUUGGCCGACUAUUUAGCGGAGCUCAGGAGGUUGAGCGAACAUUGCGAGUUCACGGAUUUAGAAGAAAUGUUAUUGGAUAGAUUGAUUUGCGGAAUGAGAGAUGAGCGACUCCAACGAAGGCUGUUGGCUGACGCUGACCUGACGUUCAAAAAAGUCAAAGAUGCAGCGUUGGCAGACGAGUCAGCGAACAAGAACAUUUCGGAAUUGAAAGCAAAUUAUAACACUGGACAGCAGGUGGAAAGCACAAUAAAUAAGCAACAGGAAAGCAAAAAACGACCGUGUUUCAGAUGCAACGGGAGUCACCUUCCUGAAACUUGUACACACAUUCAGACGGAGUGCAGAUACUGCAAAAAAAUUGGUCACGUCGAAGGAGCUUGUUUCAAGAAAAAAAAAGAUGGAAAGAAAGACUCGUCCAACCAAAGCGAAGGACAAAAGAAGAAAGAGACAUCAAAAUGCCAUCGUACAGAAGAAGAUGAUGAGGAAAGCAGUUCGGUCAGCUAUCUAUUUAACGUAUCUACACGUGAAACUACCGAUAAACGAACAGCAUCGAUAGUGAUUGAAGGAUUUCCGGUAGAAAUGGAGAUCGAUUCAGGAGCCGGACACACUAUCAUAGGUCGAGAAACGUUUAACAGGAUAUGGCCUGCCGGUAAGAAGCUGGAAAGUUCUAAAGUAAUCCUCCGAACUUGGUCGAAACAACAACUUGAAACUUUGGGGGAGUGCGAUGUCGAAGUACAGUUCCGAGGUAUCAAAUCACAGUUGCGACUGAUUAUCAUGGCGAACAACGGACCAAAUCUUCUCGGGCGAGACUGGUUUGGAACACUGGGGAUCUCGGUAAGCGGAACACAUUGGGUACAAGAGGAGGCUCUGCCACCGGCGUUGGAGCGAUACAAAGAAGUUUUUCGGCAAGAAUUGGGACGCUAUAGAGGAGCGCCCAUCAAGAUCGUAUUAGACGAGGGAGCAAGACCAAUUUUCAGGCGACAUCGUGCGGUUCCGCUGGCUCUGCAAGCGAAAGUUGAAGCGGAAUUAACACGAAUGGUAAAGGAAGACGUAUUAGAACAGGUAAAUCAAUCCGAUUGGGCAACACCCAUCGUUCCGGUGCUGAAGCGGAACGGAGACAUCCGUAUCUGCGGCGACUACAAGGGCACGGUGAAUACCGUGAUAAAAACAGAUGUCUAUCCUCUACCGACUAUAACAGAAGGUCUAGCGGUAUUGGCUGGAGGAAAAGUCUUCACCAAACUUGAUUUAGACCGGGCAUAUACGCAAGUACGUGUGGAUGAGGAGUCGUCGAAGGUUCUAACACUGAACACCACCAAGGGCUUGUUUCGGGUCAAAAGGCUUCCGUUCGGAAUUUCGUCAGCUCCUGCAUGUUUCCAAAGACUUAUGGAAACCAUCCUCGGAGGACUGGAGGGAAUCAUCGUUUAUUUAGACGACAUCCUAAUCACGGGUCGGUCGGUAGACGAACACUGGCAAAGAGUACAAGAAGUUUUGAAGCGCUUCGAAGAGGUAGGGUUGCGCAUUAAUAGAAACAAGUGCGCAUUUGCAAGACACUCUGUCGAAUUCCUGGGGUUCAGAAUUGACGCCGAGGGAGUGCACCCUACGGACGAGAAGGUUCGAGCAAUAAAAGAGGCGGCACCGCCGAGAAAUAGAACGGAACUAGAGUCGUUUUUGGGUUUGAUGAAUUUUUAUGAGCGAUUUAUGCCGAAUAAAGCGUCGGUCGCAGGACCUCUCUACGAACUACUGUCGAAGAAGGCGGCCUGGGUGUGGGGUUCAAGACAAGAACAAGCUUUUCAGCAGUCUAAGGAGCUGCUAACGACGGACAGGGUGCUGACACAUUACGAUCAAACAUUGCCUCUAUUGUUAGCGUGCGAUGCGUCACCUUACGGCGUGGGAGCAGUGCUGUCUCACAAGCUACCAGAUGGAUCGGAGGCACCAAUUGCGUUUGGCUCAAGAACUCUGCAGACCAGCGAGAAAAACUACGCGCAAAUUGACAAGGAGGCUCUGGCUAUAAUGUUUGGACUCAAAAAAUUCCACAGAUUUAUUUGGGGACGUCCUGUAACCAUCCUGACAGACCACAAGCCGCUGUUAGGGUUGCUAAAACAAGGUAAAGCUAUGCCAGAAACAUUAUCGCCACGGAUGCUCAGAUGGAAUCUGAUGUUAGGCAGCUACAACUUCGUGUUAAACUACAGGCCAGGAAAAAAACAUGCGAACGCGGAUGCAUGCAGCAGAUUGCCAUUACCAGGCGAGGAGAGAAUUUUCCCGGAACCAGCAGACGUGCUGCUCCUAGAAGAAGCGCCGACAGGAUCACCAUUAACCGCGGAAAACAUCGAACAGGCGACGUCAAACGAUCAGGUGCUGGCAAGAGUCCGAAGAGCAGUCCUUCACGGAACUAUCGAAGAACUUCCAAAUGAACCGGACUACAUACCGUGGAAGCAUCGUAACGGAACUCUAUCGGUAUUGCGAGGCUGUCUGCUGUGGGGUAGCCGCGUGAUCGUUCCAAAAGUUUUACGAGCUGCAGUUCUAGGGCUUCUUCAUAAGGUACACCAAGGGAUAAAUCGAACAAAGGCUAUCGCUCGCAGCUAUGUCUGGUGGCCGGCGUUGGAUAAAGACAUCGAAGAAAUGAUCGGUAACUGUGUAGAGUGUGUACAGACGAGGAAAGAACCCCGAAAAGCGGAGCCGAUGAGCUGGGCACCGCCUGGGAAACCCUGGUCACGCAUUCACGUCGAUUUUGCGGGGCCCACGAUGGGACAUACUUUUUUAGUCAUGGUCGACGCGCAUACGAAAUGGCCGGAGGUCAAAGAAACUGGAGGUUCAAUGUCAGCGGACACCGUGAUAAAAGGUUUCAGAGAAGCGUUCGCAACUCACGGUAUUCCAGACGUAGUCGUAUCGGACAACGGUACCGGUUUUGUGGCAACCGAGGUAAAAGAGUAUCUUCAGAGGCAUGGGAUAAAAUUCAUCCAAACAGCACCGUACCAUCCCGCAUCAAAUGGACUAGCGGAAAGAAUGGUUCAAACACUGAAACACCAGCUGAAGAAAAUACCUGCUCGAGAGUGGCAAGUAGGAUUGGCAAACAUCUUGUUGGCACUAAGAUCGACACCGUGUGCUACAACGGGGAAAUCACCGGCGGAGCUGCUAAUGGGGAGACGACUGCGUACACUCUUGGACAAAUUCCACCCCGAAACGAGCCAAAACUGCGAAGGGAAAGGAGAGGAAAAACCCUUGCUGCAGAACAGGAAAUUCUCAGUAUCUGAUGACGUAUUAUAUCGAAACUUUGGCAGAGGCCCUAAAUGGGAGUCUGGGAAGAUUGAAGAAAUCAAUGGCUCACGAAACUUCACAAUCAAAACGCCAGACGGUGACCAAAAGAAACGUCACUUAGAUCAGAUCAUCAGGAAACCGGUCGUAACCACCACCGUCGAGUCGAUACCGGAGUCUACAGUACGAUCGCCGAUGAGUCAUUUGAACACUCAGACCAGAAACACACCACCAGUCUCCGAGCUGGCGAAUUCGGGUAAUGAAGAACUACGUGAAGAAGAUCACCAGGUGUGGUCUUCACGGCAAGCUCAUGCAGAGGCCUUGGGCGUGGCAAUUGAAGAUGAAAAUCUGUCAGAAAUAACAGAAAAGCAGCUGGAAAAUAAUUACGAAAAGCAGACACAAAAACCUCGCCGUUCGGGCCGUAUCCGUAGGCCCGUGAAUCGUCUCAACUUGUAA